UCUGCCCUUUGCACUUUGGACUUUGACACGAGCGGACCUCACCUGUGAACCCUCCUGUGAACCCAAACCUGUGAACCCAAACCUGUGAAGGAAACUCUGAGACUUUUGCACUGCUUGAGUCUUUUUGUUGGAAACAAAACUUGUUGUCUUACAGAACUACACGAGAUCCGGACUACGAGAGACCGAGAGCCGAGGACGAGCCCCUGCUGAAGCGACCGGGCUGUGAUUUGGACCAUAAGUGACUGACUUCCUCCGAGAAGCCUGAGAAUGGAGGACCACCUGUACGCACGGGGCGACGCCAGAGCUGUUGGCGACUUCGUUGGAGCUGCGCCGCCACCCCCCCCUCCCAGCCCCCCGGCGGCAGCCAUCGGCAUCGACUACGGAGCUGGUGGCGACUACGAUGGAGCUCCUGGCCUCCCUACGGCCAUCAGGUUAGUGCAGGAAGAUAACAUUGCGGACAUUAGGCUUCAUAAUGCGCGUGUGUCUUUGUUGCGUGUCUUUGCCCUUUUAACACCAGACGAGCUCCGGCGCCGACUCCGACACCCAGACAUCCGCCGCCGGUUCCGCCAGCUCCGCGCCAUCCGCCGACUCCGCCAGGGACUGGCCCGCAGGUAAGUUAUCAGGUUAGUGAUACACUUGUCCCUUUAAACUUACACUACACUGUUUAAAGUACUGUUAUUGGUUUGUAUGGGCACUUUAUUUUAUAUUCUACUGUAAAUGUAAUGUUACAAUUCUUGCACUUUGUUGAUUGUUGAUUGUUUAAUGUUGUCUAAUGUUGCACCACCCGCCAUGACACAUUCCUUGUAUGUGAAAAUAUAGUUUACAAUAGACAGACACACAAUAUAUACAAUAAAAUUAGAAACCAGCUGUGGAACGUCCUGAAGCAGCUCCGGCCCGUCCCCCAGAAACCAGAAGAGUCCACCAGGAGCAGCAGGAAGAGGAGGAGCCCGACUGCCCGGCAGGACGGAUAAAGUGCCAACCAGCCUUCCCUCGCGCCUGGCGGGGGAAGGCUGGUUGGCACUUUAUCAGUAACAUGGUUAUACUUACUAACAUUCAGAAAAGUCCCCAAGUUUUUUAUUUAGGUUUCGAUUGCUGUGAUACAAGAAGAAACUUCCAGGAUCUCCUUGACGACGACGAAGAAGAUGACGAGGGAGGACCACAUGAGAAGGAUGAAGGACUACAGGACCAGAAGAAGAGCGGCGGUUGCCUUUCUUUUAGUGGGCGGAGGCAGGACUCCUCUGUCUCUCUCCCAGCUGGAGGUGGAUGUCAACCAACCCGUCACCUUCAGCAGACCACGACACAAGUCAAUCAGGACCCCCCCCGCCCGUCCACCCACC